GUGGAAUAGCCCAUGACGUCACGAGGCCACGGCUCAAUCAGAUGCGGCGUUUGGGAAAUUUUAAAUUUAAAGGCGGGGCGGCCUGUGAGCCCUGAAGUGCCGGCCGCGGAGGGUCCUGGCCAUUUUCCUGGGACCAGUUCAGCCUGAUAGGAUGGCGGAGGAAGGAGCCGUGGCCGUCUGCGUGCGAGUGCGGCCGCUGAACAGCAGAGAAGAAUCACUUGGAGAAACUGCCCAAGUUUACUGGAAAACUGACAAUAAUGUCAUUUAUCAAGUUGAUGGAAGUAAAUCCUUCAAUUUUGAUCGUGUCUUUCAUGGUAAUGAAACUACCAAAAAUGUGUAUGAAGAAAUAGCAGCACCAAUCAUCGAUUCUGCCAUACAAGGCUACAAUGGUACUAUAUUUGCCUAUGGACAGACUGCUUCAGGAAAAACAUAUACCAUGAUGGGUUCAGAAGAUCAUUUGGGAGUUAUACCCAGGGCAAUUCAUGACAUUUUCCAAAAAAUUAAGAAGUUUCCUGAUAGGGAAUUUCUCUUACGUGUAUCUUACAUGGAAAUAUACAAUGAAACCAUUACAGAUUUACUCUGUGGCACUCAAAAAAUGAAACCUUUAAUUAUUCGAGAAGAUGUCAAUAGGAAUGUGUAUGUUGCUGAUCUCACAGAAGAAGUUGUAUAUACAUCAGAAAUGGCUUUGAAAUGGAUUACAAAGGGUGAAAAGAGCAGGCAUUAUGGAGAAACAAAAAUGAAUCAAAGAAGCAGUCGUUCUCAUACCAUCUUUAGGAUGAUUUUGGAAAGUAGAGAGAAGGGUGAACCUUCUAAUUGUGAAGGAUCUGUUAAGGUAUCCCAUUUGAAUUUGGUUGAUCUUGCAGGCAGUGAAAGAGCUGCUCAAACAGGCGCUGCAGGUGUGCGGCUCAAGGAAGGCUGUAAUAUAAAUCGAAGCUUAUUUAUUUUGGGACAAGUGAUCAAGAAACUUAGUGAUGGACAAGUUGGUGGUUUCAUAAAUUAUCGAGAUAGCAAGUUAACACGAAUUCUCCAGAAUUCCUUGGGAGGAAAUGCAAAGACACGUAUUAUCUGCACAAUUACUCCAGUAUCUUUUGAUGAGACCCUUACUGCUCUCCAGUUUGCCAGUACUGCUAAAUACAUGAAGAAUACUCCUUAUGUUAAUGAGGUAUCAACUGAUGAAGCUCUCCUGAAAAGGUAUAGGAAAGAAAUAAUGGAUCUUAAAAAACAAUUAGAGGAGGUUUCUUUAGAGACGCGGGCUCAGGCAAUGGAAAAAGACCAACUGACCCAACUUUUGGAAGAAAAAGAUUUGCUUCAGAAAGUACAGAAUGAGAAAAUUGAAAACUUAACGCGGAUGCUGGUGACCUCUUCUUCCCUCACGUUGCAACAGGAAUUAAAGGAUAAAAGAAAACGAAGAGUUACUUGGUGCCUUGGCAAAAUUAACAAAAUGAAGAACUCAAACUAUGCAGAUCAAUUUAAUAUGCCAACAAAUAUAACAACAAAAACACAUAAGCUUUCUAUAAAUUUAUUACGAGAAAUUGAUGAAUCUGUCUGUUCAGAGUCUGAUGUUUUCAGUAACACUCUUGAUACAUUAAGUGAGAUAGAAUGGAAUCCAGCAACAAAGCUACUAAAUCAGGAGAAUAUAGAAGGUGAGUUGAACUCACUUCGUGCUGACUAUGAUAAUCUGGUAUUAGACUAUGAACAACUACGAACAGAAAAAGAAGAAAUGGAAUUGAAAUUAAAAGAAAAGAAUGAUUUGGAUGAAUUUGAGGCUCUAGAAAGAAAAACUAAAAAAGAUCAAGAGAUGCAACUAAUUCAUGAAAUUUCGAACUUAAAGAAUUUAGUUAAGCAUGCAGAAGUAUAUAAUCAAGAUCUUGAGAAUGAACUCAGUUCAAAAGUAGAGCUGCUUAGAGAAAAGGAAGACCAGAUUAAGAAGCUACAGGAAUACAUAGACUCUCAAAAGCUAGAAAAUAUAAAAAUGGACUUGUCAUACUCAUUGGAAAGCAUUGAAGACCCAAAACAAAUGAAGCAGACUCUGUUUGAUGCUGAAACUGUAGCCCUUGAUGCCAAGAGAGAAUCAGCCUUUCUUAGAAGUGAAAAUCUGGAGCUGAAGGAGAAAAUGAAAGAACUUGCAACUACAUACAAGCAAAUGGAAAAUGAUAUUCAGUUAUAUCAAAGCCAAUUGGAGGCAAAAAAGAAAAUGCAAGUUGAUCUGGAGAAAGAAUUACAAUCUGCUUUUAAUGAGAUAACAAAACUCACCUCCCUUAUAGAUGGCAAAGUUCCAAAAGAUUUGCUCUGUAAUUUGGAAUUGGAAGGAAAGAUUACUGAUCUUCAGAAAGAACUAAAUAAAGAAGUUGAAGAAAAUGAAGCUUUGCGGGAAGAAGUCAUUUUGCUUUCAGAAUUGAAAUCUUUACCUUCUGAAGUAGAAAGACUGAGGAAAGAGAUACAUGACAAAUCUGAAGAGCUCCAUAUAAUAACAUCAGAAAAAGAUAAAUUGUUUUCUGAAGUAGUUCAUAAGGAGAGUAGAGUUCAAAGUUUACUUGAAGAAAUUGGGAAAACAAAAGAUGACCUAGCAACUACCCAGUCGAAUUAUAAAAGCACUGAUCAAGAAUUCCAAAAUUUCAAAACCCUUCAUAUGGACUUUGAGCAAAAGUAUAAGAUGGUCCUUGAGGAGAAUGAGAGAAUGAAUCAGGAAAUAGUUAAUCUCUCUAAAGAAGCCCAAAAAUUUGAUUCGAGUUUGGGUGCUUUGAAGACCGAGCUUUCUUACAAGACCCAAGAACUUCAGGAGAAAACACGUGAGGUUCAAGAAAGACUAAAUGAGAUGGAACAGCUAAAGGAACAAUUAGAAAAUAGAGAUUCUACACUGCAAACUGUAGAAAGGGAGAAAACACUGAUUACUGAGAAACUGCAGCAAACUUUAGAAGAAGUAAAAACUUUAACUCAAGAAAAAGAUGACCUAAAACAACUCCAAGAAAGCUUGCAAAUUGAGAGGGACCAACUCAAAAGUGAUAUUCACGAUACUGUAAACAUGAACAUAGAUACUCAAGAACAAUUACGAAAUGCUCUCGAGUCUCUGAAACAACAUCAAGAAACAAUUAAUACACUAAAAUCGGAAAUUUCUGAGGAAGUUUCCAGGAAUUUGCAUGUGGAGGAAAAUACAGGAGAAACUAAAGAUGAAUUUCAGCAAAAGAUGGUUGGCAUAGAUAAAAAACAGGAUUUGGAAGCUAAAAAUACCCAAACACUAACUGCAGAUGUUAAGGAUAAUGAGAUAAUUAAGCAACAAAGGAAGAUAUUUUCUUUAAUACAGGAGAAAAAUGAACUCCAACAAAUGUUAGAGAGUGUUAUAGCAGAAAAGGAACAAUUGAAGACUGACCUAAAGGAAAAUAUUGAAAUGACCAUUGAAAACCAGGAAGAGUUAAGACUUCUUGGAGAUGAACUUAAAAAGCAACAACAGAUAGUUGCACAAGAAAAGAACCAUGCCAUAAAGAAAGAAGAAGAGCUUUCUAGGACCUGUGACAGACUGGCAGAAGUCGAAGAAAAACUAAAGGAAAAGAGCCAGCAACUCCAAGAAAAACAGCAACAGCUUCUUAAUGUACAAGAAGAGAUGAGUGAGAUGCAGAAAAAGAUUAAUGAAAUGGAGAAUUUAAAGAAUGAAUUAAAGAACAAAGAAUUGACAUUGGAACAUAUGGAAACAGAGAGGCUUGAGUUGGCUCAGAAACUUAAUGAAAAUUAUGAGGAAGUGAAAUCUAUAACCAAAGAAAGAAAAGUUCUAAAGGAAUUACAGGAGUCAUUUGAAACAGAGAGAGACCAACUCAGAGGAUAUAUAAGAGAAAUUGAAGCUACAGGCCUACAAACCAAAGAAGAACUAAAAAUUGCUCAUAUUCACCUAAAAGAACACCAAGAAACUAUUGAUGAACUAAGAAGAAGCAUAUCUGAGAAGACAGCUCAAAUAGUAAAUACUCAGGACUUAGAAAAAUCCCAUACCAAAUUACAAGAAGAGAUCCCAGUGCUUCAUGAGGAACAAGAGUUACUUCCUAAUGUGAAAGAAGUCAGUGAGACUCAGGAAACAAUGAAUGAACUGGAGUUAUUAACAGAACAGUCCACAACCAAGGACUCAACAACACUGGCAAGAAUAGAAAUGGAAAGGCUCAGGUUGAAUGAAAAAUUUCAAGAAAGUCAGGAAGAGAUAAAAUCUCUAACCAAGGAAAGAGACAACCUUAAAACGAUUAAAGAAGCCCUUGAAGUUAAACAUGACCAGCUGAAAGAACACAUUAGAGAAACUUUGGCUAAAAUCCAGGAGUCUCAAAGCAAACAAGAACAGUCCUUAAAUAUGAAAGAAAAACACAAUGAAACUACCAAAAUCGUGAGUGAGAUGGAGCAAUUCAAACCCAAAGAUUCAGCACUACUAAGGAUAGAAAUAGAAAUGCUCGGAUUGUCCAAAAGACUUCAAGAAAGUCAUGAUGAAAUGAAAUCUGUAGCUAAGGAGAAAGAUGACCUACAGAGGCUACAAGAAGUUCUUCAAUCUGAAAGUGACCAGCUCAAAGAAAACAUAAAAGAAAUUGUAGCUAAACACCUGGAAACUGAAGAGGAACUUAAAGUUGCUCAUUGUUGCCUGAAAGAACAAGAGGAAACUAUUAAUGAGUUAAGAGUGAAUCUUUCAGAGAAGGAAACUGAAAUAUCAACCAUUCAAAAGCAGUUAGAAGCAAUCAAUGAUAAAUUACAGAACAAGAUCCAAGAGAUUUAUGAGAAAGAGGAACAACUUAAUAUAAAACAAAUUAGUGAGGUUCAGGAAAAAGUGAAUGAACUGAAACAAUUCAAGGAGCAUCGCAAAGUCAAGCAUUCAGCACUACAAAGUAUAGAAAGUAAGAUGCUCGAGUUGACCAACAGACUUCAAGAAAGUCAAGAAGAAAUACAAAUUAUGAUUAAGGAAAAAGAGGAAAUGAAAAGAGUACAGGAGGCCCUUCAGAUAGAGAGAGACCAACUGAAAGAAAACACUAAAGAAAUUGUAGCUAAAAUGAAAGAAUCUCAAGAAAAAGAAUAUCAGUUUCUUAAGAUGACAGCUGUCAAUGAGACUCAGGAAAAAAUGUGUGAAAUAGACCACUUGAAGGAGCAAUUUGAGACCCAGAAGUUAAACCUGGAAAACAUAGAAACAGAGAAUAUAAGGUUGACUCAGAUACUACAUGAAAACCUUGAAGAAAUGAGAUCUGUAACAAAAGAAAGAGAUGACCUUAGGAGUAUGGAGGAGACUCUCAAAGUAGAGAGAGACCAGCUCAAGGAAAACCUUAGAGAAACUAUAACUAGAGACCUAGAAAAACAAGAGGAGCUAAAAAUUGUUCACAUGCAUCUGAAGGAGCACCAAGAAACUAUUGAUAAACUAAGAGGGAUUGUUUCAGAGAAAACAAAUGAAAUAUCAAAUAUGCAAAAGGACUUAGAACACUCAAAUGAUGCCUUAAAAGCACAGGAUCUGAAAAUACAAGAGGAACUAAGAAUUGCUCACAUGCAUCUGAAAGAGCAGCAGGAAACUAUUGACAAACUCAGAGGAAUUGUUUCUGAGAAGACAGAUAAAAUAUCAAAUAUGCAAAAAGAUUUAGAAAAUUCAAAUGCUAAAUUACAAGAAAAGAUUCAAGAACUUAAGGCAAAUGAACAUCAACUUUUUAAGUUAAAAAAAGAUGUCAAUGAGACACAGAAAAAAGUGUCUGAAAUGGAGCAACUAAAGAAACAAAUAAAAGACCAAAGCUUAACUCUGAGUAAAUUAGAAAUGGAGAAUUUAAAUUUGGCUCAGAAACUUCAUGAAAACCUUGAAGAAAUGAAAUCUGUAAUGAAAGAAAGAGAUAAUCUAAGAAGAGUAGAGGAGACACUCAAACUGGAGAGAGACCAACUCAAGGAAAGCCUGCAAGAAACCAAAGCUAGAGAUCUGGAAAUACAACAGGAACUAAAAACUGCUCGUAUGCUAUCAAAAGAACACAAAGAAACUGCUGAUAAACUUAGAGAAAAAAUUUCAGAAAAGACAAUUCAAAUUUCAGACAUUCAAAAGGAUUUAGAUAAAUCAAAAGUUGAAUUACAGAAAAAGAUCCAAGAACUUCAGAAAAAAGAACUUCAACUGCUUAGAGUGAAAGAAGAUGUCAAUAUGAGUCAUAAAAAAAUUAAUGAAAUGGAACAGUUGAAGAAGCAAUUUGAGGCCCAAAACUUAUCUAUGCAAAGUGUGAGAAUGGAUAACUUCCAGUUGACUAAGAAACUUCAUGAAAGCCUUGAAGAAAUAAGAAUUGUAGCUAAAGAAAGAGAUGAGCUAAGGAGGAUAAAAGAAUCUCUCAAAAUGGAAAGGGACCAAUUCAUAGCAACCUUAAGGGAAAUGAUAGCUAGACAGGACCGACAGAACCACCAAGUAAAACCUGAAAAAAGGUUACUAAGUGAUGGACAACAGCACCUUACGGAAAGCCUGAGAGAAAAGUGCUCUAGAAUAAAAGAGCUUUUGAAGAGAUACUCAGAGAUGGAUGAUCAUUAUGAGUGCUUGAAUAGAUUGUCUCUUGACUUGGAGAAGGAAAUUGAAAUCCAAAAAGAGCUUUCAAUGAGAGUUAAAGCAAACCUCUCACUUCCCUAUUUACAAACCAAACACAUUGAAAAACUUUUUACUGCAAACCAGAGAUGCUCCAUGGAAUUCCACAGAAUCAUGAAGAAACUGAAGUAUGUGUUAAACUAUGUUACAAAAAUAAAAGAAGAACAACAUGAAUCCAUCAAUAAAUUUGAAAUGGAUUUUAUUGAUGAAGUGGAAAAGCAAAAGGAAUUGCUAAUUAAAAUACAGCACCUUCAACAAGAUUGUGAUGUACCAUCCAGAGAAUUAAGGGAUCUCAAAUUGAACCAGAAUAUGGAUCUACAUAUUGAGGAAAUUCUCAAAGAUUUCUCAGAAAGUGAAUUCCCUAGCAUAAAGACUGAAUUUCAACAAGUACUAAGUAAUAGGAAAGAAAUGACACAGUUUUUGGAAGAGUGGUUAAAUACUCGUUUUGAUAUAGAAAAGCUUAAAAAUGGCAUCCAGAAAGAAAAUGAUAGGAUUUGUCAAGUGAAUAACUUCUUUAAUAACAGAAUAAUUGCCAUAAUGAAUGAAUCAACAGAGUUUGAGGAAAGAAGUGCUACCAUAUCCAAAGAGUGGGAACAGGACCUGAAAUCACUGAAAGAGAAAAAUGAAAAACUAUUUAAAAACUACCAAACAUUGAAGACUUCCUUGGCAUCUGGUGCCCAGGUUAAUCCUACCACACAAGACAAUAAGAAUCCUCAUGUUACAUCAAGAGCUACACAGUUAACCACAGAGAAAAUUCGAGAGCUGGAAAAUUCACUGCAUGAAGCUAAAGAAAGUGCUAUGCAUAAGGAAAGCAAGAUUAUAAAGAUGCAGAAAGAACUUGAGGUGACUAAUGACAUAAUAGCAAAACUUCAAGCCAAAGUUCAUGAAUCAAAUAAAUGCCUUGAAAAAACAAAAGAGACAAUUCAAGUACUUCAGGACAAAGUUGCUUUAGGAGCUAAGCCAUAUAAAGAAGAAAUUGAAGAUCUCAAAACGAAGCUUGUGAAAAUAGACCUAGAGAAAAUGAAAAAUGCCAAAGAAUUUGAAAAGGAAAUCAGUGCUACAAAAGCCACUGUAGAAUAUCAAAAGGAAGUUAUAAGGCUAUUGAGAGAAAAUCUCAGAAGAAGUCAACAGGCCCAAGAUACCUCAGUGAUAUCAGAACAUACUGAUCCUCAGCCUUCAAAUAAACCCUUAACUUGUGGAGGUGGCAGUGGCAUUGUACAAAACACAAAAGCUCUUAUUUUGAAAAGUGAACAUAUAAGGCUAGAAAAGGAAAUUUCUAAGUUAAAGCAGCAAAAUGAACAGCUAAUAAAACAAAAGAAUGAAUUGUUAAGCAAUAAUCAGCAUCUUUCCAAUGAGGUCAAAACUUGGAAGGAAAGAACCCUUAAAAGAGAGGCUCACAAACAAGUAACUUGUGAGAAUUCUCCAAAGUCUCCUAAAGUGACUGGAACAGCUUCUAAAAAGAAACAGAUUACACCCUCUCAAUGCAAGGAACGGAAUUUACAAGAUCCUGUGCCAAAGGAAUCACCAAAAUCUUGGUUUUUUGAUAGCCGAUCAAAAUCUUUACCAUCACCUCAUCCAGUUCGCUAUUUUGAUAACUCAAGUUUAGGCCUUUGUCCAGAGGUGCAAAAUGCAGGAGCAGAGAGUGUGGAUUCUCAGCCAGGUCCUUGGCACGCCUCCUCAGGAAAAGAUGUGCCUGAGUGCAAAACUCAGUAGACUCCUCUUUGUCACUUCUCUGGAGAUCCAGCAUUCCUUAUUUGGAAAUGACUUUGUUUAUGUGUCUAUCCCUGGUAAUGAUGUUGUAGUGCAGCUUAAUUUCAAUUCAGUCUUUACUUUGCCGCUAGAGUUGAAAGAUAAGGGAACAGGAAAUGAAUGCAUUGUGGUAAUUUAGAAUGGUGAUAGCAAUACCUUCUUCUUGCAUAUGGUAAUACUUUUAAAAGUUGAAUUGUUUUAUUUAUUUGUAUAUUUUGUAAAGAAUAAAGUUAUUGAAAGAAAUGUAAAGUUAUCUACAUGACUUAGCAUAUUCCAAAGCAUAAUACAUACAUUAAUAUAAAACAUCAUUUUAUUAACAAAAUUGUAAAUGUUUUUAAUACCUUACACAUUCAAUAAAUGUUUAGUAGUCCUGAA